UUCAAAUUUCACUAUUUAGUUUUGUUUCUAGGUCGAGUGCUAUACAAUCAAAACGAAUUUGAGCGUUAAAUUUCGUUACAUUCGUAGGAGAUUUUUCCGGAUCAUUUUUCCGGUUCCUGUGUCUUUUUGUUGUUCUUGUGGUAACCUUCUUGCUGUUCGCGCGCAAUUGGAGCAUGACGGUGCCAAGCUUAAGUGGCAAAGUAGAUUAAAGGAUUUCUUCUGGGAUUAUAACACAGGAUUAGAUUUUGGAUUUUAUCUAGUCAUCGAUCUCUGUGUUUUAUAUGAUCAUAAAAUCGGGAAGGGUAAGAGUUUCUUGUGAUGAAGGGUUGGUAGGAAAAAGGGACCGGAAAGAAAAUGGCUUUGUUUACAACAAUGUUACAACUGGAAGUUUAUUUGGUUGUCAUUCUGCACGCAUCAACAGGUAUGCGGAUAGAGUAGCCAAAGAGAAGCGAAGGAGCGUCAGCGGAUGACGCACUGAGGCGUACUUGAAAAAUGGAGAAUUCGCGAUUAGACGAGGAUGUGUACGGGCAGCUGAUCGUGUUGGGGUAUAACGGGUCGGACAGCGUGCCCUACCUGCAGAACGGGCCGUCGGGGGCCUCCUCGGCAGCCGCCGCGGCGUCGGCCGUCACCAUGAUUUCCACGCGCUACCUGCUGCGGCGCAAAGCCCGCCCCAACGGCGUGGUGCCCUCAGCCAGACACUACGUCGUCACCGACCCGGCCAUGUCGCAGUCGAUGCGGGAACGGCGCCACUUCGUCUCCUACGUGAAAUCUCAGACGGAAACCACCAUCCACGAGUACCAGUCCGAUCCCUUCACCGACAUGUUCCAGGUGGGCCGCUCCACCGAUCGCCCCAUCGACGUCACCGUCAAGGACACCCGCUGUCUGGACGCCGACGCCGAGGAAGUGGCCUCCGACGCCCGCCACCCGCACUCCGCGCCGGCCGGCCAUGCUCACCCCAACAAUCACGCUCAACAUCAGCAGCGCGACAGCACGAUUUCCCGCUUCGCCUGCCGUCUGCUGGUCAACCGCACCCCGCCCUUCCUCCCGCGGGUGCUGGCCGCCGGGUUCGACAACCACCGCAAUAUAUCGCUGGGGGAGAAAGCCCCCAAAUGGAUCACGGAGGGCGGGAUGGAUGGAUUGACCACAAACGGUGUUCUCAUAUGGCAUCCUCCAUCAUGGGGCGAUUUGAGUGGCGAGGCCCCGCAGUGGUUGGAGGUGUCGGUGCGCGGCUCUGUAUUAGCGCUGCGAUCCAGUCGAUCGGCUAAAGUGCGCGGUCAGCCGUUGGCUAACGAAAGCAACGUGCUGCGCGACGGCACAUUAAUUGAUCUCUGCGGCGUAACGCUGCUGUUCCGCAGCCGAGACGGAUUGGAGCAGGGACCGACUGUCCGCCAGUUGGAAGAUCGUUUGGCCUUGCUGAAUGCUGAUCGGCCACAGUGUCCGGUGGGCAUGAACACUUUGGUCAUUCCCAAACAGCGCAAUCCGGCCGCCAUCCGAAGCAACGAGCAGCCUUACAUUUACAUGACAUGCGGUCACGUGCAAGGGCGCCAUGGUUGGGGCGAUCAGCCCAACAAACUGAAGAAAUGUCCUAUAUGCUUUAAAGAUGGAACCAUUGUUCGGUUAUGUAUGGGAAUGGAGCCGGGCUUCUAUAUUAGCUCGAACACGGAUCCAACCCAUGCUUUCAAUCCCUGCGGUCAUAUGGCUCCUCUGGAGACGUGCGAAUAUUGGAGUCGGAUUUCUUUCCCGCACGAAGCCAGUGCGUAUAAGCCUUCCAGUGCGGCGUGCCCCUUCUGCAUCAGCAUGCUGGACACCAAGUGUCCCUUUGUGCGUAUCAUCUUCCCAUGAGCCGUGAACUAACUGGUGCCCGUUAUGCAGUCGCCCCUUGGUACUGCUCCGUUGAUUAAUGGAUGGAUGAAUGUCUGAGUUUAGUGUAUUGAUGUUUUUGUGGCAAAUGGACCAAAUGCUGUACGCGGGUGGACAGCCAGAGUUUUUCCUGGUUUUGCUUUUUUGUCUGAAAUUCGGGAGGUGUUAGUGGUUGAUUGGUGGGUUGUGGCAGGGGUGCGGUUUUUAUUAGUAUUUUUACUAGUCACGUGUUGUAUAGCGUUGCCCCUUCCCCUUUUUGACGCUCUGCGGUUUUCUGCUUACCCUGUAAUUUCGUGGGUGGAAACUUGGAAAGCGGUUUUACUUGUUGCAAAAUUAUGAUUAAGAAGAGAAUAUCAUUGC